AAUGCAGUUGGCGACAUUAUUCAAGGACGCGAAUUAUUUACAGCAGUACUAGCACCAGAUGGCAAUAUUUUAAUUUAUGGUGGAAAUAAUGUUAAAGAUUCCCCCAUUCCAAUAAUGGCGACGUUGAAUACAAAUACUUUGCCAUACACAUGGACUACUAAGAAAAUUGGACAAGAUGCUCCACAAUACAUAACUGGCCACGUGGCAGCAAUAAAUGGAACACAUAUGAUAAUUGCACUUGGCGCUACUUCUAGUAAUGGGACCUUUGAUUUCACAACUAGUUAUGCUAUUAUUAAUAAUCUCAAUUAUAAUUUAUAUGCCCUUGACAUACAAAACAACGUGUGGUCAGUAAAUUCAACUACACAUACUCAAAAACCUACUCAAACACCACAAUUUUCACCCUCUUCAUAUAAUAUAGGCGCUAUU